AUGCAUAAAAUCAAUUAAAUUGUGCCUUUUUCUUUUAAUUAUCUAAUAAAGAUAAUUUUAAAAGUCAAAAAAAAGAAAGAAAAAAAACAAUGUUAUCAAUAAUUGAUGAGAAAAUCAAAAAUAAUCAAAAAAGCCAAGCUAAUAAUAAAACAAAGUAAAAAAAUUAAUAAAUAAAUUCAUAAAAAGAAAGAAAACAAUAAAAUUUUCUUUCAAUUUGACUUCUUUUAAUUAAUUUUGCUUUUUAUUUUCAUUUAUUUCUUCACUAAUUUUUAAUACGCAAUCUAAGUUAACACUCAAACGAGUUAGCGAGUGAGUUAUUGA